AUGGCUUCUUCUUCUUCUCCUAUGUUAUUACUCUUCGCCUACCUCUUGCUCCCCACUGCAACAUCCCUCUCCUUCAGUUUCCCCUAUUUCAACUCGACCACGGUGCAGUUCAUCGCCUUCCAAAACGACACCUUUUUGAACGGCGCCAUCAGCCUCACCAAAAAUGCGUACAACACCGACAUCGGCUCAAGCGUCGGCAGAGCCUACUACAAUGAACCCAUCCCUCUCUACGACGCCGCCACAGGCGAGCUCGCCGACUUCACCACCAACUUCUCCUUCAUCAUCAACGCCUUCAACAAAACCUACUCUGGCGACGGGCUCGCCUUCUUCCUUUCCCCUUUUCCCUCCGUCGUGCCCCCCGACUCAGCCGGUGGCUCAAUUGGCCUUGUUGAAAGAAACAACAGCCUCAACGAGUCGGCUAACCAAAUCGUUGCCGUCGAAUUCGACACUUUCCAGAACGCUUGGGAUCCCAACGCCGACCACAUCGGCAUCGAUGUCAACUCCAUGAAGUCGGUGGCGACCGUCAUGUGGAACAGCAGCAUCAAGGAUGGCCGGACUGCGAACGCCUGGAUCAGCUACAACGCCACCACCAAGAAUCUCAGCGUCUUCUUGAGUUACGAUAAAAACCCAAUCUUUGCGGGGAAGUCUAGCCUUCACCACAUCGUUAACCUCAGCCAGAUCCUCCCGGAGGAAAUCGCCGUCGGAUUUUCGGCUUCAACAGGGCUCUUUUCGGAGACCCACAGCAUCCUCUCAUGGGAGUUCAGUUCCACCCUCCUGCGUACUAGAAAGAAGAACAGAGUUGGUUUGAUCGUAGGACUAACGGUUAGUACAGGAUUGAUCUUGGCGGCUGCAAGCUUCCUGUGUUAUUUCCUAUGGAGAAAGAAAAAAACUGGAAACUUGAAAGGAGAAGAACACUAUGCUGACGAUAUUGACGACGGGGAGUUUGAGAAGGGGAGAGGGCCAAAGAAGUUCCCAUUCGGAGACCUCGCAGCAGCGACGAAGAACUUCGCUGAUGAGCUCAAGCUUGGAAAAGGUGGUUUCGGCAGUGUAUACAGGGGAUUCCUAGCCGAACCCAAGAUCGAGGUAGCAAUCAAACGGGUUUCAAAAGAAUCGCAACAGGGGAAAAAAGAGUACAUUUCUGAGGUCACGAUCAUCAGCCGACUCCGCCACCGAAACCUGGUGCAGCUCGUCGGAUGGUGCCAUGAGAGGAAGGAGCUCCUCCUCGUCUAUGAGUUCAUGCCCAACGGCAGCCUUGACUCCUAUCUUUAUGGCCGACAUAGCAAUAGAUAUCUGUCAUGGCCUUUGAGGUACAAGAUUGCCGUGGGGCUUGCAAGCGCUCUAUUAUACCUCCAUGAGGAAUGGGAGGAAUGCGUAGUUCACCGCGACGUGAAGCCGAGCAAUGUGAUGCUCGACGGCGGCUUCAAUGCAAAGCUCGGCGAUUUCGGUUUGGCGAGGCUUGUCGACCACGAGCGGGGAUCGCAGACGACGAUUCUCGCAGGAACAAUGGGAUACCUGGCGCCGGAGAUCGUCACGACCGGGAAGGCCAGCAAGGAAACCGACGUCUACAGCUUCGGAGUCGUGGCUCUCGAGCUCGCUUGCGGCCGACGACCCGUCGAGCCCAAGCGGACGGAAGAACAGGUUGGGCUAGUGUCGUGGGUGUGGAACCUGUAUGGAAGAGGAGCCCUGCUUGAGGCCGCUGACGUGCGGUUGAACAUGGAGUUCAACGAGGGGGAGAUGACCAGGCUUAUGAUCAUUGGGCUGUGGUGCUCGCACCCGGACAGUGCGGUGCGGCCAUCAAUAAGGCAGGCCAUGGCCGCGCUUAAGCUCGAAGCUCCCCUGCCGGAGCUGCCGUCGAAGAUGCCAGUGCCGACGUACUAUGCGCCGCCGAUGGAGAAGGGCAUGCACACAUACAGUUCGUCGUCGGUUACAGCAUCGAUGGGGGUGAUGUCUAUAUCCAGUGAUUACAAUUACACCACCGGCUCGGAUGCCGCGUCGUCGGCGACGAUCGAUUCGUUGUCGACAGUGAGCUUGUUGAAGUCGAAAAAAUUCGAUCUUUAGUUGAGAUUUUAUGUAAAUAUAGGGUUUUUAGCUGUUACACUGAUUUGUUUUGUUAAAUUGAAAUCGAUUUCUGAAAUCACAGCUUCAUGAUUUUGAGAAGAUGAUAGUACAGUUAAGCUUCUAACUUUGUA